GCAGCGUGAAGAGUUCAAACACGGGAAGAUGACUCUGUAGACACACACAAACGCAGUGCGAUUCCAUAAACAAUAGAACAGAAAGGCCAAAAAUACCAUACAAAAAUCAUAUGCUGCGCAACCUAGAGACCCGACCUUGCAACACACUGAACUCCCAUUGAAGAACGCAAGACAUCAUGCGGGAUCCAUCCCCAGAUUCUGAGCGUUCCCAUCUCUCCUCGUUCACUAUGAAGUUGAAGGGCAAGUUUCAUUCACCAAAAAUAAAGAGAACCCCUUCAAAGAAAGGAAAGCAAGCUGACCUGACAGUGAAAACACCAGAGAAGUCAGUGAAUAAAAAUGUCUCAUGGCUAGAGGAAAAGGAGAAGGAGGUCGUCAGUGCAUUACGCUACUUUAAGACUAUUGUGGACAAAAUGGUAAUUGAUAAGAAAGUAUUAGAGAUGCUGCCAGGCUCAGCAAGUAAAGUGCUGGAAGCCAUCCUGCCCUUGGUGCAAACUGAUCCACGCAUCCAGCAAAGUUCUGCCAUCUCAUCUUGCUAUAGCCGUGUGUAUCAGAGUCUGGCCAAUCUCAUUCGCUGGUCUGAUCAAGUGAUGCUGGAAGGUGUGAAUUCAGAAGACAAGGAGAUGGUGACAACAGUGAAGGAUGUCAUAAAAGCUGUUCUGGAUGGAGUCAAGGAGCUGGUCAGACUCACCAUUGAAAAGCAGGAGCAUCCCUCUCCCACAAGCCCAGUUAAACCCAGUUUACCAGCAUGUAAAUCUGACAGCCCAUCAGAACUUCCCCUUACAGACCGAGAAAUGGAGAUCCUCAGCAAAACAACUAAUAUGACUCAAUCCAACGAGCUACUGACUGACUCCAUGGAUGAAGAAGUUGCACCUCCUAAACCCCCUCUGCCUAGCAUUCGUGUGGCAGAAAACAGCCCUCCACCAGCAUUGCCUCCUAAAAAACGGCAGUCAGCACCUUCCCCAACCAGAGUGGCAGUCGUGGCCCCCAUGAGUCGAGCCACCAGUGGGUCCAGUUUACCUGUUGGAAUCAACAGACAGGAUUUUGAUGUGGACUGCUAUGCCCAGAGACGGUUGUCAGGUGGAAGCCACUCCUAUGGGGGGGAAUCUCCUCGCCUCUCACCGUGCAGUAGCAUUGGCAAACUCAGCAAGUCUGACGAGCAACUCUCUUCUCUGGACCGCGACAGUGGUCAGUGUUCCCGCAACACAAGCUGUGAAACGUUAGAUCAAUCGGAUCACUAUGAUCCAGACUAUGAAUUCCUGCAGCAGGACCUCUCCAACACUGAUCAGAUACCUCAGCAGGUGCCAGGUAUCCUCAGCCCGUUGCCAGAGUCCUUGGGUGAGUCUGGCUCCCCUUUCCAUGGACACACUUUCCAGCUCCCGCAGAGCAGCUCCCCUCCACUGGAAUUCUGCAGCCUCUCAGGAGCAGCGCAGCCAACAGAGACUCCUCCAGCUUUACCAGAAAAGAAGAGGAGGAGCGCAGCCUCUCAGACUUCAGAUAACUCAGGCUGCAGGGUGUCCUAUGAGAGGCACCCAUCCCAAUACGAUAACAUCUCGGAGGAUGACAUGCAGAAUGCAGCGUCUGUCCCAUCAGUACCCUUCACGCCGUUUGCUGCUGUUUUGCCUUUCCAGCAAGGAAACUCUUCAGCACCAGUUGAAUUCAUUGCUGACUUUGCUGCUCCAGAUUCGAACAGUGACCCAGAGAAGCCACCACCUCUGCCAGAGAAGAAAAACAAACACAUGAUGGCGUAUAUGCAGUUUGUGGAAGACUACUCAGAGCCACAGCCGUCCAUGUUCUACCAGACCCCUCAGAACGAGCACAUCUACCAGCAGAAGAACAAGCACCUCAUGGAAGUCUAUGGGUUCAAUGACUCCUUUAUCAGCUUAGACCCCUCUCAAGAUCUGGCACCACCUCCUGCUCUGCCACCGAAACAGCGGCAGCUGGAAUCUCCCUCCGUCAAAGACGGCCACUCCAAAGACUCCACUUCGAACAGCAGUGCCAUGGGGAAGGAAGGCAAAGACGGUGCUGAACGGCAGCAGCAGUCACCAGAUGCUUUGGAAUCGUCACAGUUGGAGGAAGAAGUAGAUGAGCUGUCCCUUAUCGACCACAGUGAAAUUAUGUCUAGGUUAACACUGAAGCAAGAGGGAGAUGAUGGGCCAGAUGUUCGUGGUGGAUCCGGAGACAUUUUGUUAGUGCACGCAACAGAGACCGACAGGAAAGAUCUGGUGCUGUACUGUGAAGCCUUUCUGACUACGUACAGGACAUUUAUUACCCCUGAAGAGCUCAUCAAGAAGCUGCAGUACAGAUAUGAGAAGUUUUGCCACUUCCCAGACACGUUUAAGAAGCGAGUGAGUAAGAACACAUUCUUCGUGCUGGUGAGAGUGGUGGAUGAGCUGUGCUUAGUGGAGUUGACAGAGGAAAUUCUCAAGCUGCUGAUGGACCUGGUCUUCCGACUGGUCUGCAAUGGGGAGCUGAGUCUUGCCAGAGUGUUACGCAAGAAUAUCCUUGAUAAAGUGGAUCAGAAGAAAAUGCUGAGCUACACCAAUUCCAUGAAACCUCUUGCAGCCCGUGGGGUGGCAGCCAGGCCAGGGACCCUGCAUGAUUUCCACAGUCAUGAAAUAGCCGAGCAGCUGACCCUCCUAGAUGCCGAACUCUUCUAUAAAAUUGAGAUCCCAGAGGUUUUGCUUUGGGCAAAGGAGCAAAAUGAAGAGAAGAGCCCCAACCUGACACAGUUCACAGAGCACUUUAAUAACAUGUCCUACUGGGUCCGAUCAAUAAUUAUGCUACAAGAGAAAGCCCAAGACCGAGAGAGGCUGCUCCUUAAAUUUAUAAAGAUUAUGAAGCACUUACGAAAGCUGAAUAAUUUUAAUUCCUAUCUGGCCAUUCUUUCUGCACUGGACUCUGCACCCAUCCGAAGGCUGGAGUGGCAGAAACAAACUUCGGAGGGCCUGGCCGAGUACUGCACACUGAUUGACAGCUCCUCGUCCUUCCGCGCCUACCGAGCAGCUCUGGCUGAUGUGGAGCCUCCCUGCAUACCUUACCUAGGCCUGAUUCUGCAGGACCUGACUUUUGUUCAUCUGGGAAACCCUGAUUACAUUGACAGCAAAGUGAACUUUUCCAAGCGCUGGCAGCAGUUUAACAUCCUGGACAGCAUGAGGUGCUUCCAGCAAGUACAUUAUGACAUCAAAAGAAACGACGACAUAGUGUCAUUCUUCAAUGAUUUCAGCGACCACCUGGCUGAGGAGGCCUUGUGGGAACUGUCCCUCAAAAUCAAACCUCGGAAUAUCACGAGGCGGAAAACAGACAGAGAAGAGAAAACCUAGGAGGAGGGGUUGUGCGAGCGAGGAGAAUUGCUCCGCAGACACGCCGAGGGCAGCUAUGAGACUGGAGUUCAAUGUUUGUACCUGUUACUGGACGACGCACCCUCCCUCCUGGCUGGCAGCGAUCCCUGGGUGUGUGAACGU